AUGGUUGCGGCAGCGCAGCCCGGGGCCGCCCCGUGGGACGCCGUCCCUGCGCACGACCAGCUCUUUGUCCUCAUCACGGGCUCCAAUAGGAGCAGCACCGCUGACGUGAGCCCGAGGGUCAGCGGCGUGGGCCUGGGUAUCGCCCACCGUCUCGUCGACGAGUUCCUCGCCCAGCGGCCCUUGACUUCGCACCUCAUCCUCAUCCCGACUGCGCGCUCCCCGUCAAAGUGCCUCCAGGCCGUGCACGACAUCCGCGCCUAUGCCGCCAACGCCGCCGAAGACCCGACCUCGCCGCUGCGCGCUCGCGCCGGCCCGGACUACGUCCACCCACGCGACACGCUCGCCCGCGUCCAUGCCCUCGGCCUGACGCUCGACCUGUGCGACCUGCGUGGCGUGCGUAAUUUCGCCGCCCGCCUCGUACACGAAGAGGUGAGCAAUCCGCGCGGCGCCGAGGCGUCCAUAGAGCAGGGCGGCACGGGCGAGGACCUACGCGGCGUGCGCGUCCCCCGAAUCGACAGCGUCGUCUGCAACGCCGCGUUUGGCGGCUGGUCCGGCGUCGACUACCCGGCGGCCGUGUGGUCGAUCCUCACAAAGGGCAUCGUUCAGUCGGUGACAUGGCCGACGUUCAAGGGCUCGCUGCCAACAUGCAUUCUCAACGAGCGGCAAGAAUACGGUUAUCCCGUCAAGCCCCUCCUCGGCGAAGUGUUCGCGGCGUGUGUCUUUGGGCACUACAUGCUCGCGCAUCAGCUGCUGCCUCUGCUCAGCCGGCCGGCGUCGACGGACCUCCCCCCUGGGCGCAUCAUCUGGUCGUCGAGCAUCGAGGCGUGCCGCGACGUCUUCAACCCGGACGAUUUUCAGUGCUUCAUGCGCGACGAGGCCUACGAGUCGGCCAAGCGCCUCACCGAUGUGCUCUCCCUGACGGCGUCGGUGCCGGGCUCGGCACCCUUUUCUGCGCGGUGGCUCACGCCCGACGAUGCCGCCGUCGCCAAGGAGCGGCCCGUCCGCCCGCGUGUAUACCUCUCGCACCCAGGUAUCGUCGCCAGCACGCUCUUCCCCGUACCGUGGUUCCUCUUCUGGGCCUACAAGCUUGCGCUGCUCAUCUCGCGCUGGCUAGGCUCCCCCUGGCACACCGUUGACGGCUACACGGGCUCCAAGGCCGCCGCCUGGCUCGCCCUCCAGGAACAACCCGAGCUUGAUGCUCGGGCCGCCGACCGCAUCAAAUGGGGGUCCACCGCCGACCGUCACGGGCGCGCCGACGUCAAGAUCACCGAGGUCGAGGGUUGGGGCUGGGAGGGCCGCGUCGAGGACCCGGCCAAGGAUACUGCCCUGGACGUGCUGCACAAGGCUCGCGGGCGCAAGCACGAUGUACUGGACGCCACGCGCGAGGACAUUGAACAGUUUCAGGAGCUGGGCGCGCGCUGCUGGCGCGAGAUGGAGGAGCUGCGGGCGCGGUGGGAGGACAUAAUCGACGACGACUAA